AUGUCUCGAUUUCAUGCCGCCAGCACAGGAACCGUUCUCAAGGAACUUUCGGCCAAGCCCCCAACCGAUGGUAAUCGGAUCCCAAUUAACUUCAGCUGGGAAAUCAUUGGUGUGAAAGGUUAUAUCGACCUCGAUACAAGCGUCAUCUCCAUUACUGUGUCUGCCUUUGGCGUCAACCUGGGUACAUUCACAGGAGACCUGAAGAAUGGAAUCAAGAUCGAUAUCAACGUCGGGCUUGCUUCAGGCUACCUAAAGUCCCACAUCGAGGGUAGUACCCUCUAUCUGGAUGUUGAUAUUAAUGUGAUCUUUGGUCCGCACUACGAUCAGGAUCACAUCAAGGUCUUUAGUUGGCAGAUGACAAUGCCGCUCCUCUUUUGGAACAAAAUUGAAUCCAAUGGAAUGUGCGCAAAGUCUGUGGACCCCUGUUGA